UUCCGCUUUUGAUUUUCGAAUGAUCGCCACUUUACUGUACCUUAUAACCUACGCCGGUCGCAUUGCAAGCACUUUUAUAAACUACAUAAUGGCGGAACAACGUGAAAGAACCUUCAUCAUGGUUAAGCCUGAUGGUGUCCAACGUGGUCUUGUCGGUCAGAUUAUCGAACGUUUCGAGAAGAAAGGUUUCAAGUUGGUUGGCCUGAAAUUCGUUUGGCCAUCUGAGGAACUUCUGCAGCAGCACUACAGUGACUUGGCGUCGCGUCCUUUCUUCCCCGGUCUUGUGAAGUACAUGAGCUCUGGACCAGUUGUUCCUAUGGUUUGGGAGGGGCUAAAUGUAGUGAAGACUGGCCGCCAAAUGCUUGGUGCUACGAACCCAGCUGACUCGCAGCCUGGCACUAUUCGUGGCGAUCUAUGCAUUCAGGUUGGACGUAACAUAAUUCAUGGAUCUGACAGUGUAGACUCGGCAAACAAGGAAAUCGCCCUGUGGUUCACCGAGAAGGAGCUCGUCGGCUGGACACCUGCUGCUGAAAAUUGGGUCUACGAGUAAUAAUUCCAUUAUAACCUAUAAGUUUGUCAAUUUGUGUCCUGCUUAUAAUUAUUCAAACUAUAAAAAUACUGUGAUUUAAAAAUAAAUUUUCUUAAUUUAAA